AUGUUCAAGAAGAGGUCAGCUAACCGUGAUGACAACAAGAGGAAGAAGAUUCGAGUAGAAAGUGAGGAUAGUGUGAACAAAGAGCAGCAGAACACGGUGACAAAACCGAGAGCUUCGAAAUUGGGCCAUUCAAUCACAACAGUGCCUAAAAAUUCUGAUUCCGAUGAUCAGAAGCAUCAGGACGAGGGAUCGGAUGAUGAGCAUGUUGCAAAGUUUACUCUGUCGGUGAAUGACGACGCAACUAAGGAAGAUAGGCUUAAUGCUGAAGUAAAGGCUUCAAAAGGAGUUACAAAACAGAUACGACAACCUUCUAACGUCAGAACAACGUUACUUACGGAUUACCAGCCGGACGUUUGUAAGGAUUACAAACAAACCGGUUAUUGCGGGUAUGGAGAUAGCUGUAAAUUUUUACACUCAAGAGAUGACUUCAAAGGUGGUUGGAAACUCAAUCAAGAAUGGAAAAUAGAUUCUGAUCAAGAAACUGAGCAGAAACGUACUAUCAAUUUGGACGAUGUGCCAAGCAAAUGCUCUAUCUGUCGGGAAGAGUACAAGUCUCCGGUAGUGACCACCUGCGGACACUACUUCUGCAGUAGUUGCUUCACGAAGAGGGUACGAAAGGAUUCUACUUGUCUCAUUUGUGGGAAGGAUACAAAUGGAGUUGCCAAGAUGGCGAACGAUCUAAAGAGACUUCUCAAAAAGAAGCAGUCAACAUAA